AUGCCUCAGGAACAACCCCAUUUGGCACUUCAGCUACCUGAAAUUAUAAGCAACAUUAUGCAUUUUCUCGUACCUUACGAAAAUCAUUUAGACUAUGAAGUUAUGUUUACCAAUCAGAAAGAUAAGAAAACUUAUGCCGAUGUCUACCCUUGCCUUUUCGUCAAUCACUUGUGGCAUGAUUGUGCUGUUCGAACUAUGUGGAGAAAAGUUCAUUUUGAUGACAGCAUGCUUUGUUAUACUGCAAUGAUUAAAUUUGCCUCAACUUUAUCAUCUACAAUGAAACCGAUAGAAGACUUCUAUGCCAACAAUCCAACUUUUUUAUCUAACAGAACAUAUCACAACAACAGCAGCAACACUUUACUACGGUACAACGAUCAAAUGAGCAGACGCAAAACUUAUCAGAAUGCCCUUCGUACAUUUUCUGUUCGAAAAAUUAAAAAUCCUCAACUGAAUGAACCCUUAUCAACUAUCGCAAGAAAUGCAACUAGACUUGAACAGCUCGAUAUUUACAUUUGUGACAAUCUAACUAACGAAACUGUAAUUCUUUUCGCAAGCCAUGCCUAUAGUCGACUUACAUAUAUAUCCCUUGCUGGCUGUCAUAUGAUUUCAGACGAGGCUAUUCUCAAAGUUGCAGAACAAUGCCCUGACCUUUUGCAUUUGGAUUUAAGAGCUUGUGGCCUUGUGUCUGACGUUUCUCUAUCAACUGUCGCCAAAAAUUGUCCACGACUUAAACACAUCAAUGUUGGUCGAGUGCGCGAAAGACAACGUAUUACAAUCAAAUCCAUCAGAUUGAUAGCUCAGUAUACAGAAGCAACAGUCUUGGGACUAGCAGGCUGUGAUAUUGAUGAUGAGUGCAUGAUUACGUUAGCUAAGCACCGUGGCCCAGGCUUAGAGCGAGUAUCGGUGAAUAGCUGCUACAAAAUUUCAAACACAUCUGUUUAUGCCUUGCUAAAGUAUUGCCCAAACCUAUCCGUAUUUGAAAUGAAGGAGUGCCAUCGCAUCAAAAAUUGGGAAGCAGUGGCUGAAAUGGUACAGAAGAAGGUAUUGUUAACACUUUGUGACCAACAGAAUAAGGACUGCUUAGCAUGGGCAGCGAGAAAUGGAAGACAGUUGGAUGUUAAGGCACCUGUUAAAUAG